AUGGUAGAAAAACAGCAAGAGAGAGCCCCCAUAUCGCCCUCGACUUCCGCUCAAAGGCAUCCUUAAUUGCCGCGACACCUUCCUAUAGCUUCAUUCCGCCGCCGCCGCCGCCGCCUUUUACUCUCGUCAUCGAUAGCCUCAUGAACCACGAUGCUUCCAAGCCUCGUUCAAAGAAUCACACAAUUUCUUAUUCCACAACAAACAUACACAACCACACGUUUCCAUCAUUUAUACUCCACUCUCUCCAUUUACGAUAACAUCCCAAAGAAGCUGAAGAAAUUCGAGAGAAAACCAUUGGUAACAAGUAUCAACGAACUAAAACGCCGAGGUAGACAGAGGAGAAAAGAGAGACAAAAUGUGAAAGAGAUUAUUUUACAAUCUCCAGAAAAUGGUUUGUUGGUUCAGAAAUUGAUUCCUGUUGCCAAACAAGUUUAUGCUGCUAGAUCUGAAGUAUUGUCUAGUGUUUCUAGACUUGUCAACUUCAUUGCCAUUUAUUCAUGCAGCAUAUGUGGAGAUGUUCAUGUUGGUGAUCCACCACAUAAAAUUAAAACAUGUAAUGUUAGAGGAAGCUUGUCAAGUAAAGAACACAGUUGGGUCAAAGGUGGUAUUGAACAUGUUCUGCCUCUUGUAGAAUCAUUUCAUCUUUAUGAUCGAAUUGGGAGGGCUGUUUCACAUAAUGAAAUGCUUCUCGUGGACCGAAUUCCAGCAAUUGUUGAACUGUGUAUCCAAGCAGGUGUUGACAUACCUGAGUACCCUACCAGAAGAAGGACCUUUCCUGUUUACUGUGUUGCUGGUAGGAUAAUUGAUUUUGAGAAAAGAUUUCCUAAAGAUAUUUAUCUUGAAAAAGAUAUAGAGGAAUAUGGAUUUCCAUAUAAGAAAAAGAGAUCGGAUCAAGACACUAAUUCUAUGGAAAUGCAUUGUGAUGACAUCCAAGCUGUUGCUGUCCGAGGCAUGAAAGCCUGGAAGAAAAUGUGCACCGGAGCUUCAAAACUUAUGGAGAAAUAUGCGGUACAAACUUGUGGAUAUUGUCCAGAGGUACAAGUGGGACCUAAAGGUCAUAAAGUGCGAAAUUGUCAAGCUUACAAACACCAGAUGAGGGAUGGGCAGCAUGAAUGGCAGGAAGCUACAAUAAAUGAUUUUGUACCUCCAGUCUACGUCUAUCACAUUCGAGAUCAGCAACCUGGUAAGCCUUUGGUAAAUGAGUUGAAAAGAUAUUAUGGUAUGUUGCCUGCAGUUGUUGAGCUAUUUUCACAGGCUGGGGCACCAGUUGAAAAGAUUUAUGGACAUACAAUGAGAGAUGUUGUAGUCCCUGACAUGGAUGAGGAAAAGUGGGUUGUUUAGAGCAAUCGGUUGGAUGACUUCCUGUGCACGGAGGAACCAUUUGGGCAUUGGAAGAGUCUAAAUUAACAAAUAAGGUACAAUUGUUUUGAAUUUUAACAAUUGUCUAUGCUGGCAAAGAUAGAGGAUGUCUAUUGUGAGCUCAGGGAUACAAUAGUAUGAGAAUAAGUACAUUUGACAAAGUUAUCAUGUAAUCUGCUGGUAACUAAAGGUUGCAGUCUUGGUAAUGUGGAACACAUUCUUUUGACACCAAUUGGAGGUUAAAAACUCGAACUUCGUGCUUGGAUUCUUUUGAGAACAGGUCUUUAUCCCUCUACCGACCUCAUUGGUCACUUUGUUGGUGUAUGUUUGGUCCACUUUUAGUUGAGGCAAAAUUGAUUCCAGAGGUGUAGAAUUGAUUAGUUUCUAGUCUACUAUGCUUUUAUGCGGUAUUUUUUUUAUUAAUUUUCUGCUACUAAAACCAAAGAAAACACUUGUCUACAGGAUUAGUUUUAGUAUUUUUUGGUUUACAAGAGGCAAAGAGUUAGUUGAUGAUGCAUGAGUCAGAGUGAGGAGGAAAAGACGGCUUUUUUGUCAAGUACCUAUAUUAUUAGUAGAAAAAGCAACUCCUAGAUUUGCUUCAACAGUAAUUAGUUUCUGGAUACAGCUCCAUGAUUUUCAGAAUAGUAUAUCAUCUAUUUUUUUGUAAAUAUUUUCUGCUUAUUUGCUCGAAUAUGUCUUAAUUAUGUUGAGUGAAUGAUUGUGUUACGAACCUAUCAAUGGUUGAUUAUUCAAUGAUAUUGAAAUGGGAUUAUGCUCGUCCAUGAGUUUAUUUGAUGAAAAA